GCUCGGUCGGCUCGUAGAGACAGCAGGAUGCCAAAGGGAGCACUCCGACACACGGCGUCCGUUUUACCGUCUCCCGGCGUCGUCUCUCGGCCACAACAACUCUGAUGGGCGUUUUUAUCCUCCUUUUACCGUCCUCGACGCUUGGAUAUUUUCGGAAGCCACGAAAUGAAGCGAAUGAAUGUGAGCAACAAGAAGUGUCCUGUUGUUGUGCCUGUCUCCAGCAUCACUAGUAGUCAAGUCCUCUCUGUGGAUGCGGUGCCUCAGUGAUGUUUUAGUUGUCUAUUUUUUUGUUUUUUUUUCAGAGGAUUUUAUUUAGUGUUCUGUAGCGGACUACCCAACUUUUUCCCCGCUUUUUUUGUUGUCUUUUUCGAGGUUUUCCGUCUUUGAAACAAAAAAGAUUUCAGGAUAGACCAACUCCGGAAAACCAGCGACUUGACAUCUGCUCCUGGCGGAAUAACCAUUGUUAGCGGUUAUUCGCCCUUACAAGCAUCUUCUCUGGGGUGGGAAUAGGACUGAUGCUUGCCUUGCUCGUCUAUUCGAGUUGUGUAUCGUCUCGUCUCUGUUUGUCUGUUUGUUCCCACAGUGGCAUGAAAAUUCAUGAAUGCGUCCAAGGACAUGUAUACAAAUUACGCAUGCACCAUGACGGUAGUAGGCUCAUGGGCGUUAGAAGUAUGACAAGGAGUAAAAUACCCUCUAAAAUACUGAUUUUUAUGAUUUUAGCCACGCUGGAAGUCGCCCCCCAUGUGGCCGUCGGGAGCGGGGAGCAGGCAGCCCUGCCCGCGGGAGUCGGCGCUGCGCAAGGCGGCCAUCAGCGGCAACAUCAACUCCCUGCCGCACAACGUCCCCACCGGCCGCAGCGUCCGGGUCUUCAUCUGUUCCAACCCCGACGACACGGAGGCGGAGAGGAACGCACUGAAAGAGCAUGUCUACCCCAAACUACGAGACUUCUGCAGGGAGAACUAUGGGAUUGAAUUCCAGGUGGUGGAUCUGUACUGGGGCGUGGACCCAGAGGAGUGGGACAGUCCAGACCUGCAGAGACUCCGAAUGAAACUUCUGGAGGAAUGUCUGAAGACCUCAGCGGGACCAUGUUUUGUUGGUCUGGUGGGAGAAAAGUACGGCAGCAUCCGAGUGCCGGGGGAGGUGGAAUCAGCGGAGUUUGAGAUGAUCUUGGAUGCAGCUGUUGAGGCGGGGCUGGACACACACAUCUUGGAAGAGUGGUACUGCAGGGAUGAAAACUCUGUGCCACCCGCAUACUACCUCAAACCCAAAGCCCAAAUGCUUAAGAACUACCAGAACUCUAUGGAGUCGAGCAGCGCAGCAAAGACCAAGAAUGACAAGGCCUGGAGGAACGUGUCGGAGGAGAUCAAGAGGAUCUUCCGGACAGCGGUGCUGCAGCUUCAGGAGAAGGGGACCAUGAAGAGCGCUCAGGCCAAGAAAUUCCUUUGCUCUGCCUUGGAGGAUGAAUUAGACUUUGCCCUUGGGAAACAAACUCCUGCCUUUCUCAGGAAAUGUGUCUGCUACAUUCGUAAGAUCUCUAACUUCGACCGCUUCGCCAAACUCCCCGAGAUGGGCCGAUACAUGGACAUCGUGGUGAGCGGCGAUCGCGUCAUGCGCAACCAGGAAGCCUACGAACGCCUUCUGAAGGUACGGGACGAAUUCAUCCCCACGGUCGUCGCUGCCUCCAACCUCCGUGUCUAUUCUUCGGUCACUCACUGCGACAUGAAGCUGGGCUACUCCCAAGAAGUGGAGAGCAACUACGUGGAAGGUCUGUGUAAACAGUUCUACGAGGACAUGGUGGACAUCAUCCAAGCCACGGUCCAGCAGAACUUUGACACCGAGACUGACCCGCUGUACGACGAGAUCCUGCAGCACUUGUCCCUCUGUAAAAGCUACGCAGCGCUCUACGAGUUCAAGACCGAAUCCUUGGAUUACAUACAGGAAUAUCUCCUGCCAUCCAAGGGGAGCAGGAUGAGCCCUCUGGUGGUGUACGGGGGGCCGUGCACUGGGAAGACUCUGCUGCUGGCUGAGGUGGCCAAACAGGCCUACACAUGGCUGCAGAAAGAGAUGGGUCCUGAGACCGACCCAGUGGUCAUUGUCCGUUUUAUUGGCUCCACCCAGCUCUCCACGGACCUACGUACCCUCCUCCAAAGCAUUUGUGAACAGAUUGCACUAAACUACCGCUGCCUGAUUCACUUUUUGCCUAACAAGAUCCAGGAGAUGAGGGAGCUGCUGAUCAACCUUCUAGGGGAAUCUACAUUCCACAGGCCCUUGGUUAUUGUCCUGGAUGCCCUGGAGCAGCUCUCAGAGGCCGAUGAGGUUCGCAAGCUGUGGUGGCUCCCCAUACACCUGCCUCGGACAGUCCGCAUUGUAGUCUCAACAUUGCCCAAUAAACAUGGCAUCCUGCAGAAGCUUCGACACCUCAUUCAUGAUGAAGGCUAUUAUGUGGAAUUAAUACAGAGGGAUCGCAAGGUCUGCAGCCAAACAUUAAAACAGCAGUUGCUGGGGGUGAAAAGAAAGGUCACCUCAGGCCAACAGAUCUAUGUCAACGAGGCACUUGCCAAGUGUACAUUGCCAAUGUUUGUCAACCUCAUCUACAGAGAAGUUGUUCACUGGAGGUCUCACAAAGAUGUGGACGACAGGUCACUGUGCUCCACAGUGCAUGAAAGCAUAGAACAGCUCUUCUACUCAGUGGAGAACAAGUUGGGCCAACGAUUUGUCUUCAGAGCUCUAGGUUAUAUCACCAUGGCCAAGGCUGGGCUAACUGAGGUUGAGCUGGAAGAUAUUUUGUCCCUUGAUAAUAUAGUUCUUGGUGAUGUUAUUGUGGCAACGUACCUCAAAAACCCCUUGAGGAUCUCUUACGAUUUGGUUGCAAAGCUCAAAGAGGAGCUGGAUGGUUAUCUGGUGGAACGUCAGGUUCGUAACGUCACCUUGAUGGUUUGGGCCAACCGACACCUGCAUCUCAUUGCCCAGAAGCUGUAUCUUAGCAAUGAGGAGGACGUCCAUCAAAUGCACAGCCUCCUAGCUGAGUACUUCCUGGGGGCAUGGUCAGGAGGCAGGAAGAAGAUCUUCACUUACGAUAACAACCAUUUCACGUCCCUGAAUAUAUCUCAUCACAAAAACCCCCACCAACAGCAGUCCCAUGAAAAAACGUCCUCCGACAAGUACUCAUAUGACCGACAGACUCCAGAGCAGCCUUGGGUGUUCCAGUGCAACCUUUUGGAGCCUGACAUUUUCUUUGUCAACCACAGGAAGAUGACAGAGCUGGUGUACCACCUCACCAGGAGUGGGCGCACUGAUGACCUCAUGUUCGGUGUCAUCAUGAACUUCAGCUGGCUGUACACAAUGAUCAAGAUUGGCCAGUUUGAAAAGGCUGUAACAGACAUUGACCUAGCUUACAGCUACACCCAAGAAAAAGAACUGAAGUUCCUGGCCACCACUCUCCGUAGCAUAAAGGUAAAAGUGCUGAAGAACCCAGCAUCGCUGUCUGCAGAAAUUCAGCAAAGGCUGCUGCCAGUUGUCACCUCACUACCUAAGCUCAGACACCUCCUCCUGGAGUGUGACAAAGAUGGCCCGAAGUACUGCUCCAUUGUGCCUCUCCACUCGUCUAUGGACGUCACCUACAGUCCAGAGAGGCUUCCUCUGUGCUCUAGCUACAUGCAGAUUGUGGAGAUCUUGCCCACUCUGGCCCCAAACAUUGUCCUUGUAGCCCUGGAAGAUGGGUCUGUCAGCACCUGGGAUGUAGAGAGCAGACAACUUCUAAGACAGAUCGACACAGCCAAAUCCGUUGUGCUGGGAAUCAGGCUAACCACUGAUGAAAAGUAUCUGGUCGUGGCCACAACCAAAAACACGCUGCUGAUCUAUGAUAAUCACAAGUCCUGCCUUUUAUCUGAGGUUGAAAUCAAGGGGUCCAAGCAUGGUGGCGUCACUGGUGGGGUGGCUUUCAUCAAUGGUUUUACACUGUCGACCCAUCAUGCUUUGGCUUGGCUUGAAGCCAGUAAAGACGUCAACGUUAUUGACCUACUCUAUGGUUGGCCUCUCUACCAGUUCCACUGCUGGUAUGAGGUGACUUCUGUCCAGUGCUCGCCAGAUGGAAUGUAUGCCUUCUGCGGACAGUACCUCAACACUGCAUCCAUCUUUCAUCUGGGAAAUGGCGACAAGUUGGCCACUGUGACCUCUGAGUUUUCAGGGGGAUUCGUAAAGUCCAUUCUAGUUCUGGAUACUCUUAACCAAAUGGUGAUGAUUGACAAUGAAGGCAGUUUGUCAGUAUGGAACACCAAAGAGAUCACCAACCCACGGCUGAUGGAGGAUUACGAUUGUAGAGGGGAUGAUAGUGAAGUGGUGGGCAUUGAGUUAUCUGAAGACCAGCGCUCCAUUCUCAUUUGCAAGGCCAGAAGUAUUGAGGUUCUGGACACAAAAGUAUGGAAAAUGGUAGAGAAGUUCAAAGCCAAACGUACCGAACGCUUUGUGGCCGCUGUCCUCUCCAAGAAUGGACAAAGCAUUGUGGCCUCCAUGGAGAAUACCUCCUCCAUCUUUGUCUGGAGGAGGGACAGUGGACAGUGCAUGGCUAGCCUGAUUGAGAUCUCAGGUGCUAUCGUCAAACUCAUUAAAUCGGUCCACCACAAUCUGCUCCUUUCUGUUGCCAGCAGUGGAGUGCUGUCUGUUUGGGACAUUGAUAUCAUCACCGCCAUGUCCAAUAUUGACAAAACCGGCAAGAAGAUCGCGACCUUGCAGCUGUCUGGCAGAGAGGAUUAUGUGUUUACCAUGGACGGUUCAGAAGCUGUCCACAAGUGGAACUUCAGCACUGGCUUUAUUGAGACGGUCUUUAAGCACGAGGGCAUAGUGGAGAACUGUGUCCUAACCUCCUCAGGGGAUCUCAUGGUGACUUCAGAUGACAAGUCUAGUCAAUACAUCUGGCAAACCAACACUGGAGAAAACAUCUUCCGCAUCAAUGGACAGAGAAUAUCACAGCUGCUAAUCACCCACAACGACCAAUUUGUAGUGUCUCUCUGUGAGCAGAACGCCUCCAGAGUUUGGAGGCUCGCGACUGGGCACAAAGUGUGCAACAUUUUAGUCACCCUCCAGAAUGCACUGGUCACCACAGCAAACACUUUCCUUGUGGGAACCACCAAAAACAAGCUCCUCGCUGUCAGCCUGUGGUCAGGCAGCGUAUCCAAGAAGUUUGUCUGUGACGAUGGCAUUACCAUCGUCAACUUCAAGCUCAUUCCUGACUGCCCUGACUGUGUGGUGUUCAUCACAUCCACAGAGACCGUCUUCAUCUGGAGCGUGGCAGAUGAGUCAGUUUGCAGGCGAGUCCAGCUGCCAACCAACUUCCUCAAAAAUCUAGAGGACUUCCAGAUCUCGCCCAAUGGGAAACUAGGAAUUGUCUCCAAAGGUGAUGAGAAUAUUAACGUCUUGGAUCUUCACAGCGGGAAGCUGAGGCUUGUCCAUGCUGCUGGUAUAAUUUGGCGUCAGAAAUUAUCAAGAGAUGGACGUUAUUUAGUGUAUGUCUGUUUCCGGAACUGUGAUGAAGACGAUGAUGCUGGUGUUGUGUCCAAUCUGAUCGUCAUGCGCCUUGCUGAUGGGAAAAGCAUCGGCACGUGCUCCCUAUACAAGACGCCCACCUUCCUGUGUCUCUCGCAGCGAGCACUAAACAUCAUCAUUGGCUUUGAGGACGGCAGCAUCGGCACAUACACAGUAGUGGACCGUGUGGAUGCUGCCCUCAAGAUAAAGAUAGCCACCUCCAACAGCCGACAGAUUGUCAACAAUGCCUCGCAGAAGGUGCGACCCAAAUGUGGCAACCAUUCCUUCAAGACCGUUGCCGACUGCGUUUGGAGGGAGUCAACGGAGGUCUUCUCCAGGGACAGCCCUAUCAACGUGUCUGACUCUGGGGAAGGUGAGUCAACCACGCCUACAAAAAAGACUGAACUGCUGCAGUGAUAGGUGGAGAUCAGAGAAGCGGGUGGGGUUAGGAGAUGCAGGUGGAGAUAAGUGACAAAGUUUAGAAUCUCUGGGGUUGCAGUUGAUUCUUGUUUACAGCCACGUGAUACAGCUGCAGAUGUCAGCCCUCUGGGUAGUUAAUGGGCCGACCAUUUUAACGCUGCACUCAAAUUAUGUAUUACUUACUUCCAACUUAUGAUACAGUUUCUCUUUGUUUUACACACUAAGACUGUUAAAAGAAUAGUACUUUUUUUUUUAAAGAAGACAAAUGUCAAUUCUGUGAGGUAUUAGUUUGCCAUUAUGUGUCCUUUUGCAUUUGAAGAACAAAGUUAUUAUUCAAAUGUCUUGGUCAAACAUUUCAAAGCCAUUCCAGUGAUCUUAGCCACUUUCAUUGUACACUAUCUUUAUUUACAUAUGUGCACAUUAAGCCAUAAUGUUGUUCUUUAAAAAAAAAAAAAAAAAGAGUGUAUUUAUGUUUGUAUCAACAUCAGUCGGUACUGUACAAAAAGGAAGAACUAUGAACAUAUGUACAUAUCCCUUUUUGGCUGCUGCAAUUUGUGCAACUCCUUAAAAAUGUUAUGUUGUGCUUAAUGCAAUCAAAGUGAGUGCCUGGAAUUUAAAAUGUUCUUUAUGUGCAGAUUACAAGAUUUAUGAAAAUGCAGGGAAUUUGUAAACACAGUAUACACACAGUUACAUAAUACUUGCAUUGAUGUUAAAUCUAAACGAUCAGUGUACUGAAAUCCAGUCAACAACACGAGAGAUCGAUGGCAUUGCUCUUUGUAAUGAUAAUUGUAGAAAUUUCUUGGAACGGUUUGCGUAAAUUUGAUGUGGAUUUACCUGCAGUUCCAUCAGUUUGUGUGCUGUUUGUGUUAAGGGAAACACCACUAUUGAGCAUACAGUGUAGCAUAGCACCAUACACAUUCACGCCUUAACCAAUGUAUUUGCUUUAGGUUUAGUGGAGUUUCUUCAAAUGUUCCAGUAGAAAAGGAGACAAACGUUUUACUGAAACAACUUGGUCAUGUGAAUAUAUUUAGAGGUUUAGACAGUUAGGUGGAAGCACUUUAUGAGUGGUUUGUGAGAAAUUAGAUUUAUUCAUAUGACACAUUGUAUAAAUCGUUUAAAGUGAUCUAGACUUGUCUUAAAAUAAGUAUUGGAUUUUCCUACAAAUAUACACACAAGGCCAUCCAGGUACUUGCAGGCUACAGCUAACUCACUUGAAAAACAGACUUUCUGUAUAAAGUACGCCUGUAUCAAUACGAAAACUGACAUUAGAGAUGGGACAUUUUGAAAAUAUAUAUGUAUAAAAUAAGAGUCAAUAAUUUAAAACUUUUGAAAUUAUGUUAUGAAAUAUUUUUUUAAAUCUUUGGUUGUGUAUCAGCUUUUGUAUACCUGUGAAAAAAAAACUUUUAAGAACAUUUAAGAAGUCACAUGAGUACAGAUUCAAAGAGCCCACAUUUAGGUUACAUUUACAGUCAAAUCAUGGCCAGAAUUCACACUUUAUAUUUACUUUUCUUACAUUUUAUCACAGGUUUAUACAUGUGACACACAACCGCAGGUUUUGAAAUUCUUUCUAAACAUUAUUUCACGAGCUCUAGAUCUUUUUGAUCCUCACGUGAGCCUAUAGAAACCUGACUCUGGUAACAUCACGACAGGCUGAAAUAAAAGCUGUUAAGUUCUGGUUUGCUGACAAUCUAAAAAAGAAUAGAUUAGUUAUUUAUGAGGUUGUACCUUGCAGGUACCGCGAUCGCUUUUGUUAAAGCAUGUCUGUAAUAACCCAAAAAACGCAAUUUAUGAGCUCUGAUGAGACCAAUCAUCUGCCAGGCAUGAUUGAAAACAACACACUUACACUUUUGACAUAUACUUUUUAAGGGCUAUUCCAUCUUAUUGUAUGUUUACUAGUUUUGAACUGUUGAGGUAACGGCCCUUGGAUAAUUUCAAAACCGGGUAGCAGCAUCAAGCUUUAAAAAAAAAAAAAAAAACGUAAUUUCCCUUCAAGUCAAGAGUUUCUAAUUGAAAAAAAUAUAUAUAACAUGUAAUUGCCAAAGUCCCGAUUAUAGUUUGUGUUUCAUUUGGUUGACUGUCUCAUUUUGUUUUUUGAGGCUUGUACUGUAAUUAUAUUGUUACCAAAUAGUUUCAGUGUUCUACUGUGAUUAUGUUUAUGAUAGAGAAAAUGUGCUAUCUUUGCUAAAAAGUCCUCUUAUAAAAUAUAUUGGAAUGCCAGUUUAAGAGUAUAUUUGAAUGUGUCCAUAUGGAAGCCAGUAAAUGGUAUUAUUGUAUGUUAAGUAACUUGAAUGACUUUUAAUAACUUACAUGUUUGCAACUCAUAGUUGACAUACUGGUAUAAUGAAUGUUUCUAUGGUAUUCUUUGUAUUGUCAGGACUGACUUACCUGUUUAGAGAUUUAUAUUUUCAUAAAUGUUGUACUUACAUUUUGUUACAGAGUUGUUUAACUGGAAUUCAAACAGAAAAAGAAACUUAUGUCUGAAGCAAUAUGAAACUAGUGUGUAUGCAUCGUUUGUAUGAAACAUUUUACUGUAAUAAAAUGGUUCACUUUUUGCCUCCA